GACUUGAGGUGCGCCACUCUCUCUUCCUUUCCACGCGGUUGGGGCGAUCGGUCGGCCUGGGCAGCAGGUGCUGAAUAAUGCCGGGAAGACUUCUUAGCGACGCCGAUUUGGAAUCAGACGCAACUGUAAAAAAAAUGGAGAUGCUGCGAAAGCAAGCUCAGAAGAAAGAGAGAAGAGAGAAACCAAAAUCGAGUAAAACCGAAGAGGCAGCAGAAGAGGAAGAAACUAUUUCCCCCAAAGCUAAACAAGUUAAAAAGAAAGCAAGUCCUUCUGAAGUUGACACGAAUUCUCCUAAAUCCAAAAAGGCAAAAAAGAAAGACGAGCAGUCUCAAGAUGACAUUGUUUCUCCUAAAACCAAAAGUGUGAAAAAGAAAAAGGAGCCUUUGGAGAAGGAAGUUGUUUCUCCUAACAUAAAAAAUGUAAGAAGUGAGGAGCCUUCUGAAGAAGUAGGUGCUCCUAAGCCCAAGAGGAUGAAGAAAGAAAAGGAAGUGAAUGGAGAAAUAGUAGAGAAGAGCCCUGAACUGAAGAAUGGAUUCUCUCCUUCUGAACCUGACUCUAACUCCCUUGAAGCUGCCAGUGAAGAAAGUAACAGUGAGAUAGAGCAGGAAAUACCUGUGGAACAAAAAGAAGGAGCUUUCUCUAAUUUUCCCAUAUCUGAAGAGACUGUUAAACUUCUCAAAGGCCGAGGGGUGACCUUCCUGUUUCCCAUACAAGCAAAGACGUUCCAUCAUGUCUACAGUGGGAAGGACUUAAUUGCACAGGCACGGACAGGAACUGGGAAAACAUUCUCCUUUGCCAUCCCUUUGAUUGAGAAACUUCAGGGAGAACUGCAAGACAGGAAGAGAGGUCGUUCCCCUCAGGUACUAGUUCUUGCACCUACAAGAGAGUUAGCAAAUCAAGUGAGCAAAGACUUUAGUGACAUCACAAAAAAGCUGGCAGUGGCUUGUUUUUAUGGUGGAACUCCCUAUGGAGGUCAAAUUGAACGCAUGCGGAAUGGGAUUGAUAUCCUGGUUGGAACACCAGGACGAAUAAAAGACCACCUACAGAAUGGCAAACUGGAUCUCACCAAACUUAAGCAUGUUGUCUUGGAUGAAGUUGAUCAGAUGUUGGAUAUGGGUUUUGCUGAUCAAGUGGAAGAGAUUUUAAGUGUUGCAUAUAAGAAAGAUUCUGAAGACAAUCCCCAAACAUUGCUUUUUUCUGCAACUUGCCCUCACUGGGUAUUUAAUGUUGCUAAGAAAUACAUGAAACCGACAUAUGAACAAGUGGACCUAAUUGGUAAAAAGACACAGAAAACAGCAAUAACCGUGGAGCAUCUGGCUAUCAAGUGCCACUGGACUCAGAGGGCAGCAGUGAUUGGGGAUGUGAUCCGAGUCUAUAGUGGUCAUCAAGGACGCACUAUCAUCUUCUGUGAAACCAAGAAAGAAGCCCAGGAGCUGUCACAGAAUGCAGCUAUAAAGCAGGAUGCGCAGUCAUUACAUGGAGACAUCCCACAGAAGCAAAGGGAAAUUACCCUGAAAGGUUUUAGAAAUGGAGCUUUUGGAGUUAUGGUGGCAACCAAUGUUGCUGCACGUGGGUUAGACAUCCCUGAGGUUGAUUUGGUUGUGCAAAGCUGUCCACCAAAGGAUGUAGAAUCCUACAUUCAUCGUUCUGGGCGGACAGGUAGAGCUGGAAGGACAGGGGUUUGCAUCUGCUUUUAUCAGCACAAGGAAGAAUAUCAGUUGGUGCAAGUGGAACAAAAAGCGGGAAUUAAGUUUAAACGAAUAGGUGUUCCUUCUGCAACAGAAAUCAUAAAAGCUUCCAGCAAAGAUGCCAUCAGACUUUUGGAUUCUGUGCCUCCCACUGCGAUUAGUCACUUCAAGGAGUCAGCAGAGAAGUUAAUAGAGGAGAAGGGAGCUGUGGAAGCCCUUGCAGCAGCACUCGCCCAUAUUUCAGGCGCCACGUCAGUAGACCAGCGCUCCUUGAUCAACUCAGAUGUGGGUUUUGUGACCAUGAUCUUGCGGUGCUCAAUUGAAAUGCCAAAUAUCAGUUAUGCUUGGAAAGAACUUAAAGAACAACUGGGAGAGGAUAUUGAUUCUAAAGUGAAAGGAAUGGUCUUUCUCAAAGGAAAGCUGGGUGUCUGCUUUGAUGUACCUACUGCAUCAGUGACAGAAAUACAGGAGAAAUGGCAUGAUUCACGACGCUGGCAGCUCGCUGUGGCCACAGAGCAACCAGAGCUGGAAGGACCAAAAGACGGAUAUCGAGCCUUUAGGGGUCAACGGGAAGGAAACAGAAACUUCAGGGGACGGCGGGAAGGAAACAGAAACUUCAGGGGACAGCGGUCAGGAGGUGGCAACAAAAGUAACAGAUCCCAAAACAAAGGCCAGAAACGGAGUUUUAAUAAAGCAUUCAGUAAAUAAUUAGAUAUAGAGAUUUUUUUUUUUUUUUGCCCCGGGCCAGGUUUGAACCCGCCACCUCUGGUAUAUGGGGCCAGCGCCAAACUCACUGAGCCACAGGUGUCGCCCAGAUAUAGAGGAUUUUUAUAGUAAAAAAAAAAAAAAUUAUGUUUGGCCAUAUAAAACUGAACAUUAUUUUUCAUACAAAGUUAAAAGCGUAUUGUGCUUCUUUUUGACCUCUUGCCAGUCCCCUCUUCUUUCUGCCAGACAAGCUUUAUCUAAAUUAUUUUAUCUGAUCAUUACCUUCUGUAACUUUAUUGCUACUUCAUCAGGUUUUGUUUUUAUUCUGAUGCAUUGUGUAUAGGUUACAAGAUAAAAUCGAGCAUGUUUCUGACUACUUUGUAAGUUGACUUGUCUUUAUACUUAAAAAUGUCUCUUAAUAGGGUCCUUCCUUAAAUACUUAAAUGUAACAGUCUCUGGAGAAGAACUUUGAGCCUUUGGAAGUCAAAGUUCUAUCAUUGGCGUCUCUCACCACCUGCCAGCAGUUACUUAUGUGGUUCUAUACCUUGUUUUCUGAGACUUCUUACUGAGCAAUGGUUCGGAACAAGAUUUCAUACUUAGCUGUGUGGUAAUACAGUGUAUGUCAUUGUAUGCUCUAGGUUUGGGGGAUGUAGGAGUACAUCAAUAUAGAUUACCUGUAAUUAUAUGCAUUUUGGUAUAUUUAAGCUUCUCACAAAGUGAUUCAUAUUUCCAUGAAUUCUUCACCAAUAGUAUAUAGAAGUACAUUUUAAUAGAAAGCCGCUGUCUUUAAGGAAUUCUAAAUAUAUGAUAGCUCCAUAGCUUUCUUUUAUGAGUAAGAAGGCUGGAUAAAUGGUGCUUAAAUGACAAUGUACUCCACUUCUUUCUAAUGGAAGAUUAACAUUAUUUACCAAGAGGGAAUUGGGAAGGAGGGGCACAAAUUAGCAUGGCUGUAAAGUAUGUCAAAAAAAAAAACAAACACUGGAAUAUUCUUUACAUGCAAGAAGGAAACAUUCAUAAAACAUGGAGAGCAAAGAGAACAAAUAAAGGUGCCUUAUUAAACAUUCUUUUAAUGGUGAAAAUGGAUCAUUAAUGUUUCUACAGGUUAAAUUCUAAUAGGCAAGAUCUGGUUUUCAGGUGGAAUGAUGCAGUUCAGCUUCUCAGUGGCUUUGUUACUAAAGCUGCUAUGUAGCGUCUGUUCAACAGCUUCUCUGGUGAAAGGUUUUUAACACCUUAGAUAUUUCCUUUUAUGACAAACUGUAUGGUUAUUUUAAGUUGUUGAUUUGAGGGAGCUGAAGAAUUUAAUGUAACCCUAAGCUAGAUAACUCUCUUCUGAUUUCUCAGAUAUUAUUUCUCUGGGAAACGUUCCAGGGAUCUUGAGAGUGGCGUUGUUUUCUUGCCUUAAUUCCUAGAGAUUCUAUACUGAGAAGCCUGGAAUAAACUAUGCUAGGAAAAUUAAAAUUACAUGGUCUUUCUUGCUUUCAUUCAGUGUAAACAACUAAAAUUGUUUUAGGCCCUGGGUUUCUCUUGCGUUAUCUCUUAACUACUAUUUACUUUAGUAGUUAUCUCUAACUACUGUUCACCUUGCACUAGGGGCUCUUGCCAAUUUAACUCCUGAUCCUUGAGGCAACAUCCUUGUUCUAUAUGAAUGAACUUCAGUUCUAUCCUUGAAUCCUGACAAAAUGUUUCUUGCCUCUGUUGUCAGAAUUCUCUUGGCUUUUAUUCCUUGAUAUACUUGUUAAUUUUGUCAGUUUAUUCCUGAUUCCUCGUGGUUUCCCAUCAAGCCACAGGGAAUUAAGGGAAGAUAUUUGGUGAUAGUCCACAUAUACCUUGUGGAUUAUAAUUUAUUAGAUUCUGGUUUUGCUCAAAUUAUGGGCAUGGUUUACUAACAACCAAAACAUUUCAUGAUUUGAGUAGGAAUGAGUACUUUAGCAAGCAGAUUAAAAUGAUAUGUGUGGUAACUAUCCUUUAGGGAGAAAAAGCUAAAACUUGAUGUGAAUUAUAGACUAGCCUAAAGAAAAAUAAUCAGACAUAAAUCAGGAGUAAUAGGGAAAUUAAUAGGAAUUACACAUCACACAACUCAAUUUUAAGAAAAACAUAACUGUUAAAGUAAGUGAAACUAACAUUUUUCCUGGAUCCCAGAAUUCAAACCAUAUUUUAAAUGUAUAAUGUAUUCAGCUACUAUUUGUUUUAAAUAGACUUGUUGAUGUAGCCUGGGAAAUGUUAUCAUUUUUACUGUUUUCUAUGGAGAAACUGUUUUCCAAUUUAUGUGUCAUACAACUCAGAGGACUUUAAUUCAUUUUUAAAAAGUUUGAGCUAUCUGUGCAGCGGUUACUUUACAGUUGUACAUAAAAUGUUUUUACUGUAAGAUGAGUUAAUGUAUAAAAUACUGCCUUAUGGCAUAAUAAAAACAGUAACACUUUA